GUUUAAAAAUGAGUAGACGAGGGGCACCCGGAUUCAUCCCUUUUUACAAAUCUCACUGUUCCCCAGCUUUCAACUCCUUUGGGAACGAAGAAUGCGCUAUCGAGUAUCAAACCAAAUCCAGUAAAACAACGUUCUUUGCAGAUUCAGAGCGCAGCCUUCUCCAGCUUCCCAUUGAUUUUACCAAACAAAAUCUCUUUCUUUCUUCUUCUUAUUCUUUGAAGAAGUCAGGAUUAGUCCUUCCCGCGCCGGUUUCCAUUUUCAUCUCUACGCAUCCACGCGCAGUUGUUCAUUUGCAGGGCGCAGCUUGAACUGAGCUUGGAAGGGCGCGUUUUCCUGUUUGAGCUGCUCAAAUUCCAAUUCCAGGAGAGCUUGGAGAGUUAAUUAGGGUUUCUGUGAUCCGUCAAUUGUAGAAUUUGAUGGUUGAUGAGUCUUACCUGAGAUACUGUAACUUUCGUAUCUGAGCAGGUCGUUUGAGAGGGCAGGUACGUUGUUGGGGCGGUAGUUGAAGUUGGACAUGGGAUUUACCCUGAUGUUCGUUUUACUCCCCAGUCCUGAUUGAAGAAAAAGGUAGGGUUUUGGAUUGUAGGGGGUUUGAAUUUGCGGUGUUUCUUGUUGUUUUGGCUGUGGAGCAGGUGAAUAUAGCUUUAGGUGUUUGUAUAUAUGUACCUAUAGAAAGAAGGAUUUGUAGUUUGUCCUUGCUGUUGUUGUACAAUUUGCUGGGCGAGAUAGGGAAAUAGGUAGAGAAAAGAAAUGUUUUAUUCACAGUUUAUACUGGCAAAGAAGGGGCCUUUAGGCACCAUAUGGAUAGCUGCUCAUCUGGAGAGAAAGCUGCGAAAGAAUCAGGUUGCUGAUACUGAUAUUGGGGUCUCUGUAGACUCAAUUCUUUUUCCUGAUGUUCCAAUCGCUCUCCGUUUGUCUAGCCAUCUUCUGCUUGGUGUUGUGAGGAUAUACUCUAGAAAGGUGAACUACCUUUUUGAUGAUUGUAGUGAGGCUUUGCUCAAGGUCAAACAAGCUUUCCGCUCAACUGCUGUGGAUUUACCCCCAGAAGAGUCUAAGGCACCAUACCAUUCUAUCACGUUGCCUGAGACCUUUGAACUUGAUGAUUUUGAACUUCCCGACAAUGACAUUAUUCAGGGUAACUAUGUAGAUCAUCAUGUGAGCUCAAGGGAGCAGAUAACACUCCAAGACCCCAUGGAUAGUGUUGCUUACUCCACAUCUAAAUUUGGAUUGGAUGAGAGGUUUGGCGAUGGAGAUGCUUCAGGUUUAGACCUUGAAGAGGAAUUAUUUUUGCACAACGUUCCUACCACAGGAGUUGCUGGUGUGAGUGCUGAUGCUCAAGUGUCUGUUGAACCUAUGACACCUUUAAAGCAUGAUGAACUUCGAGAUGUCCUGGCUGCAAACUCAGAGAGCAUGGUUGAUGGUGCUGAAGUUGAUACUGAUUUUGUGGAGUAUGCACAUGCCCCAUGCACCCCUGGAUUAGCAGAAGAACCAAAUUUGUUAAAUAUUCAAGAGACUUCAGCAUGUGAUGAACAUUUGGAAACAGAAUAUCAGCAUCCAACUGCAUCAGUCAUGAAAGGAGACUUGCGAAAUAUUUCUGAGGGAGAUGGUGGUUGUGAUGAGAAUAGUCUUCCCAGGCAUAUGCCUUUACCCAAAGAUGUACUGCCUGAUGCAGUUGUAGAUACCCAUUCUGAGGAGACUUGCUGCCAUUCAAGACUUGCUCCCGAAGUUUCUUUUGAGUGUGUACCAUCCAAUAAUCACACUUCGUCCUCUAGAAUAUCAGGUAAUGUUGAUCCAGUGAAUGCACCUUUGCAAGAGUUAAUUGAUGAUGCACUUCCUGAUGCAGUUCUGGAUUCCCAUUCUGAGGACAAUGGUUCCCAAUUGGGAGUUUGUCAGUUUCCAGCUCCCAAAAUUGCUUUUGAAUGUGUGCCAUCAGAUAAACAAACUUCAGUGUCUCGAACAUCAGUUCAUGUUGAUCCAGUUAGUACACCUUUGCGAGAGUUAGCUGAUGAUGCAGUUCUAGACUCACAUUCUGAGGAGGCUGGCUACGAUUUAGGAGUUGGACAGGUUCCAGCUCACAAAGCUGCUUUCGAGUGUGUUCCAUUGGAUAAACACACUUUGGAAUCUGGAGCAUCAGUUCAUGUUGAUCCAGGUAAUGCACAUUUGCAAGAGUUACCUGAUGAGGCUGCUAAAGCUUCUCAUAACCCCAAAGAGGUGGAAGUCAUUCAGAACCAGAUGUUGAACAAUGACAAUGUUGACAUUUCUUCCCAUAGUGGAUCACACAAAGACUGCUUGAGCCACAAUGGAAUUAAUUCGGAAGAAGAGGCUUGCAAUAUUCCUGGUUUGGCGAGCAUUGACUUUUCAGUUCCUGAGGAUAUUAUACAAGGCCAUCGGAAAUCGCCUGUUAAACAUGCACCUGAAACAUAUCAGGAGCAAAGAAAUUCCAUCAAUCUAAUGACAUCUGGCCAAUUUCACAUUCUUAAGCCAUGCAAUGCUCAUAGUCAGGUUGAUUCAUCAAAGCCAUGCGGUGAUCACCUUGAAACUUCUAAAAUGCAGAUCUUGUGUGCUUCAGAGCCUUCUAUUGUCCCAGGUGAGAUGUGUCCUCCAACCCAUGAUUUAAAACAUAUUUCUUAUGAGAAUCACAUGGAAGUACCUACUAUGUGUGGAGACAAUGAGGUAAGUAGUCAGAAAUCAAAUGUUCUGGUGGAAGAUGUUGCUCUACUAGAGGAUGUCGCUGUCACUCCUGCAGAUUGCCCUCAGAGAAAUCCAUGUAACUCUGCUCUUCCUGAUAUUCCAGCACCAGAGAAAUUGCUUUCUGUACCAGAAGGGGUUGUUGAUUUACUGGUGGGUGUUCUGGCAGAGGAUACACCAGCGGAGUCCCUCAGGAUUAAUGACACUGGCCCCAGUGAUUCCAAAUUCACAUCUGGAAGAAAACGCAGUUACUCUGAAAGCACACUAACAAAGCAAAGUCUGAACUCAUUUGAUUCAACAAGGACGGUUCGUUCCAGAACCACAGAACUUAUUCCUGAUGAUGAAGAUCUAUUGUCUUCAAUACUUGCUGGAAAGAGAUCUUCAACACUGAAACUUAAGCUCACUCAUGAGAAAACAUCUGUAAAACGCCGCCGCAUAGCUCAAAGUAGUGUUCUUAAGAGGAAAGUGCUUAUGGAUGAUACCAUGGUGCUGCAUGGAGAUGCUAUACGGGAACAACUAACAUAUACCGAAGACAUACGCCGUGUACGCAAGAGAGCUCCCUGUACAUGUUCUGAAAUUUCAGUGAUCCAGAAACAAAUAUUGGAAGAUAAAAUUUUCAGUGAACCAAUACUAACAGGUGUUUCUAUGGAAUUGGGUUGUUUGCACAAGCAAACAUUUGAUCUGACCAAAAUCAAGGUCUUACAAAAUGUUCGAAUUGCCACACCUGUUGAAGAAGUUACUGACCCAAAGCAAACCUUUGUGAAUGAUGAAAACAGUAAGAUCCUGGAGUUCCAAACUGUUGACAAGUUUGAUGAACCACAUACCACGAGAGAGAAUGAGAGAGAAGGCACUGAUGAACCUCCAGUGACAGGAUAUGAUGGCAACGUAAAUUCUGUCCUGGCCGCAAACCUGGGUGAAAAUCAAAAUCUAACUUCAGAUGAUAAUGCCACUCAGAUGCUCAUGGACACCACUGCCGAUGUUGAAGCUAAUGCUUCUCAACUUGCGUUUUCAGGAAAUGCAUCUGAAACAGGAAUUGACCAAACAAACACAUCACAUGAUGAUGUAGACAACAUUGCUUUGGCUGGAGUUGAGAUUCUCUCAAGAGAGAAUGAAAGAGAAGGCACUGCUGAGCCUUCAGUAACAGGAGAUUAUGGCAGCAUAAAUGUUGCCCUGGUCACGAACAACCAAGAUGGAAGUCACAACCUAACUUUAAAUGAUAGUUCCACGCAAAUCCGAAUGGACACCACUGCUGAUGAUUCUGAAGCUAAUGUUUCUCAACUUGAUUCUUCUGGAAAUGCAGCUGAAACUAGAUCUAACCAACCAAACAUGUCACAUGAGUAUGCAGAAAACACUGCUUUGGCCGGAGUUGGGAUUCUACACCUUACUGAUGGUGCUUUGGGUGUUUUAGCUGAAUCCAAUGCUUCUCACUUUGAGCUUUCUGAUAGUGCAGUUGAGACAGGAACUUAUCAAAUAAAUGUUUCACUUAAUGCAGAAAACACUGCUUCGGCUGGAAUAGACUUUCUUCACUCUACUGAUGGUGCUUUGGAUUGUUUAGGUGACAAUUCAAGCGGGUUGCAUAUUAAAGAAUGUGAUUUAUCUAAAGUCAUGGAUGCUUCUGCACAAAUAGAUGAAUCUUACAUAUCAACUAAUCACAUUAUGGGCAAUCAAGAUGUUAUGACAGAUAUGAGUACUGAUGAACAUAAUGUCGAUAAUCCCCGAGAAGACAGAAUGGGUACUGCUGAAAUUGAAAAUUACCCCAGGGCUGUGGACAGUGUCUCAUUGGGUGUAGCCCAAGUUGAUGCUGAAGUUGUAGCUAAUGACUAUGAGGAUUUCCGAAUUGAAUAUGAUUCUCAAGUCUUGACUAGUAAUGAUAUCUGUGGUGAACAUCCUACAAUAGACUCUUCUUGGUCGGCUGAAGUUAAAGUGCCUGUGCCGGAUCACACCAUAGAUUUUAGACAAAUCCCUUCUCAGCAGGAAACUUAUCUACAGAGCCUGUUUGAUGGAGAAGUUUCUAUUAAUGAGCUCAAUGAUCCAGAUGCUUCAAAUUAUUCAGGUGCUUUGAAUGACACAGGGUUCCUAAAUGAUGAUGACUAUGAUAAUGACGAGGAAGAAGAUGGAGCUGCUGGUGACUAUGUGCUUGAUGCUGAAGGAGCACGCUUGACUGAUAACAGUGGGUGGUCUUCCCGUACCAGAGCGGUUGCCAAGUAUCUCCAGACAGUUUUUACCAAGGAAACCCAUUAUGGAAGAGAUGCUCUUUCCUUAGACAGCCUUUUGGUUGGAAAAACGCGCAAGGAAGCAUGUAGGAUGUUUUUUGAAUCUUUGGUUCUUAAAACGAAGGAUUACGUCCAUGUAGAGCAGGCAUUCCCCUUUGAUGAUAUCACCGUUAAGCCGCGAAUGCAGCUUAUGAAAUCUGAGUUUUGAACAGCGAUGUUGAAGUAGGAAACAAGGCAUGUAAAGUUGGGGCAGUCAUUAUAAUUUAUAUCGAAAGCUUUGGUCUUGUUUGGAGAAGGGGGUGAAUGGGAGUUUUUAAGUUUUUUUUUUUGAGAGAACAGGGGCAAUGGUGUUGCCCCCUUUUUUAAUCAUUUCCAGUCAAAAUUAAUAGGGUAGAAGCUUAGAUCAUUUGCGGCAGGUGCUGAUGUCAUUUGGAUAUCUAUCUAUUCAUAGAUUCCACUUUCAUCUCUUGAUAUUCGGAGAUUUAAUCUUACACCAACUCAAUUCGUGUAAAAUUGGAGCACUUACGGUACUCCAAUUAUAAAAUUAUUUGUUCUUAACACCAUAACUUUCCUGCGUGUAGACUAGGAAAGGGUAUGGUGACAUAGACACAUACUCCAAUUAUGGCUGAGGUCUCCUUUACUGUCUACGAGGAUUUUGCACAUUACAAAUCAGGAGUCUACAAACAUGUCGUAGAUGAAAGAGAGCCGCCAACCGAUUUCAAUUUACCAAUCUUCGAAUCUUUGUUGGUAUAUCGUAGAUGAGAGUCAUGAAUGAAUUUCAUAGAUCCAAUGUAUGAGAGUCGCCCAAAUCUUUGAUAAUAUCCAACCGCUUCCAAUUAAUCCGAAAGUCCAUUUUGAUGAUAUGGCUCAUGACUCAUGAGGUGUUAAAGAAAGGAGCAAUGUUAUG